AUGAAUCCACGAUGUUUCAAGCGAGUCAAGUCUUUACUAGUGUUUCACGAGAGCAAUAAAAAAGCUUGGGUGACUAGUUCAGUAUAUGAAGACUGGCUUCAUAAAAUUGAUCACAAGUUUCAAAGAGAAAAUCGGAAAGUACUUCUACUUGUGGAUAAUUGUCCGGCUCAUCCGAAAGUCUUGAUUCAAACUUUAAAAGCCAUAAAGGUGGUUGACUUACCAACAAAUUUAACUGCCAAAUUGCAACCAAUGUAUCAAGGAAUCAUUAAGAACCUUAAAGUGAAUUACCGGCGGAGAAUUAUAAAAAGAUUGCUCAAGGCUUCGGAUGAGAAAAUGGGGUUGACUGGUUUGAAUUUAUUGGAUGCUAUUUUCGACUUGAACAAAGCUUGGACUGAUGUCACUAGUGAUACAAUUGCGAAUUGCUUUCGGAAAGCUGACUUCGUGAAAACUGACGUGGAAAAUCUUGCAACACAAGAACAAGACGAAAUUUUAUCGGAUGGUACUUCUGAAGAGUGGGAUGAUCUACAAAGAAUAUUGGCAUGCACAGAAGUAACUUUUGAAGAUUUCAUUGAUAUGGACACUAGUGUAAUUAUUGUUGGUGAACCUACAGAUAGUAAGAUAUUGGAUAAUAUGAAGGCAUAA